ACACAUUGUGCAGGAAGGGGGAUUCCCCUUCUUGACCUCCGACAAAGACGGCUUUUCUGGCUAACUACAGUGACGGGAUUGCCUGUGAUUAACUGCCCACUCUGAUCUAUAGCUGAUGAUAAAUCACAACCAGCAACUCGGGUCAACGUCCCGUGCCGAGGUUGACGUUUCUAUUAUUUCCUGUUGAGAGCCACAUAUCUUCGCAGUCUGACAGUAUGUAGUGAUGGGGGUAAACUCCUGGCUAUCUGAGCCAGGGAAGGAUGCAGAGAACUAAUGUGUCACGUGAUCAACAAAGGGACGCAAUCCACAAUGACAUUUAUCUACGCAGACGCCGCGUGGUCGUCAUCUACGGUGAGAUCUCAUCAGGGAAGGCAUAUUUCGCGAAAGAGGUAAUUCGAGUUCUGAAGAGCACCUGCAAUAGCGGCGCGGACGAGGUUCUCUAUGACGUCACCAUCCGUUGCUCUGGAAUUACAACAUGGAGGCACCUUCUGGUUUCACUGGCUACUGCACUGGGCCACGAAACACGGGACGAUCUUUCAGACCGUGACAUAUUCGCAGCAUUAGGAACUCUUUCCAAAGUCACACCAUGCCUACGAGUAGUUGUUCUCUUGACCAAGUUUGAAACGAUUGUAGACAAGCAGGACAUGUUUCAAAAGACUGUUUCGUUCCUGCAGCGACUCAUAGAAGAUACUGCGGUUGUCACCGUCAUCAUGACGUCACGUGUGUUUGUGCGCAUCUCAUCCACGCUCCAACCACUAGUUUGCAAACUGUCUCCUUUGAGUGAAUCGACCUGUUGUCGACUUUUGUCACCCGUGUUUCAUCCGAAUCUCACACGACAGACGGUGGUGGACAUUAUCAGGGCGUGUGACUACAGACCUGGUUUAAUUCUUCAGGUAUGUUCUCUUGUAGAAUCGCACGGGGAUCUCCUGAGCCUUGAGGAACUUGCUGAACGCUUAAGCUGCCCUGGGGAUGCUUUGUCUCUGUUUUCCCAGUAUCCCAACCCAAUGGACAACCUAGAACAUGCGGUUGGUCUCCAGCUUGCUCGUCUUCCUCCUCGUCUUAAAUCUGAGGCCGUGUCACUGUGUCGACUUGAGGGGUAUUUCGGCGCAGUGGAAGCAGCGUCUCUGUUGGGCAGUUCCAGCGUUGCUGAUUAUAAGCUUCAUACGGCAGUGCCGCUUCGGGAAAAUGUCAUACUUGACGUUGACGUCAGUUUGAAACGGAUGAAGAUCGACAUUUUCGUCCGUGCAUUUGUUAACAAAGAUAUUCCCCAUGUCAGUCACCACGAUCCACACCGGAAGCCAAUAGCUGACUUUCUGGGUGAAAUGCUACUGCUCAUGCGUCAAGAAGGGUCAGUCCGUACUAAUGGUAGAGUGCUAGGUUUUCCUCAUGACAACUUCCGGUCACUGGAGACGACCUUGACCCAGGCUGUGAACACUUCCGGAGAGAACACCUACAGCGUCUAUCUACAGGUUGUGCUGCUGGAGGAGGGAACGCUGUCAGCGCUCUGCCCUGGUAGAUCCCAGCUCUUCUAUUCGGGGAUGGCGGAGGCGUCUGGUAGAGUGGGCACUAUCAGGCAGCAGCUGCUACUGCGGGGAUUUUGGGCCGUUUCUCUGAAAGAUGACGAGACACUUUUGGAGGCGAUUACAACUUUGGAGACAGUCGUGUCAAAACUGAACACACCGGAAGACAGCUACUACCGUGUGAUGUUUCUGCGCAGACUCGGCUGGUUCUAUGUCCGGGUUGGAGACAGCGUCAAGGCCGACAGGUAUCUCGACGCAUCUCUCAAAACGAACGUUACUUCAAACUACGAAACCAUGGUUGUGCCCCAUAGGAUUCAAGCAAGGUCACAUCUAGCUAUUGUUCAGGGCUACCUUGGCAACUACCCCGAGGCUGAGAGGAUUCUCCGGCGCUCUAUCCCUCAGGCUCACCAGCUCAUGCCGGGACACCCGGUGCUUGCAGUCAUGAUUCAGACCAUGGGCCUUACCCUAGAGAAGCAGCGGAUGUUCGACGAGGCAUUAACCUUCUUCCUACUGUCUUGUCACGAAAGACGCAAGCUCGUGAAUUACCUCCCCUUGUAUCUGGUCAACAACCUCAACAAUCUAGGAUCCCGUUACCUGUGGAGAGGGGAAUACGACCGGGCGUUGAGGUACCUGUCGGAGGCUCUAAAUCUCAGGAGGAAAUUAGGCUGGUGGGACUAUAAUACCGGAAUCUCACUCUGGAACCGGGCCAAUGCUUAUCUCUUCAAAGGUCUGUACGAGGAAGCAGUCAGAUCUUGUAAUCAGGCUAUAGAAGUGUUUAUCAGAUGCAUGCCGACCCAUCCCACCAACGUCGACAUCCGGCUGUCUCUUGCUCAUGCGUACAUGGCAGAAGGAAGACAACAGGAAACAGAAGCGACAUUGUCAGAGAUACUGGAUUAUGAGACGAUAUUCAAGACCAACAUGGCAGAUUGUGGAUUCCUCAGCUCUCUGGAACAUCUGGUGUUAAUGACUUCAGAUCGUGUACGUGUAGAGCGACUACACCGACGGCUGGUGAAGGAGAUUCUUCGUCUCUGUGGUGUCCUAAGGAACACUGAUUUCCAGAUGUACCUGAAGCUGCAGAGUAAGAUGGCGUCAUGGCGCAGAUACCUGGCCCAGUUUCUAUGUGGGUCGAGGGAUUAUAUCGGUUACAUCCACUUCGACUGUCGCUGUUGUAGACAUAUGUCGUACACACUGUACCGCUGGUGUACAUGGAGAGAGGACCCGGAGGAGGGAACCGAGGAGACUGAGAUCAGCGCGUACUUUAAUAGCUUUGAAAUAUAACAAACGAUUUGGUAUCUGGGUCCACAGUGUGAAGGCAAAACCACAGUUAUUGAAUGAUUACGUAUCGUAGAUCAUUGUUGCUUGGCUGCACAAGGAAGACAACCUGUGUCCAAAGGAAGCAGGCUUUUAAGUGGACUUAGAGUUUAAAGCGGCAGACUAAUAAUUCAGAAACUGAAAUUGAGGAGCUAUGACAGG